AUGGCUACGGCACGGUGGAUUUGGCGACUGCUUUGGGCGCAUACAGUCUCAGUCUUCUCACUUCGGGAGGUCGUCCAUGAGGAAGGGCAUGUCCGGCUCCACAAGCAGGACGCAGACAAGUCUGCCAUGUACGACCCCGACAUGAUGUAUGACUUUUUGACGCUGUUAGCGAGAACACCGCAGCAACGCUGUGGAGGCUCAUUGCGCUCCGUGGUCCCAGUGAGCGAGCCUUUGGAGAAACAGAUCCGACAAAGACUGAUCAGCUUCUUCGUCAUUCGAAACAUCAAUGGCAAGAAGGUACUUUACGGAAGUGGCGUGGGCUGGAAACAAUUUCAGGACACGACUGGACAUAAGGUAUUGGGACGGCUAUUGCAGGUGGGCGAGGUGAAUGCCAACCACUUCACGUCCUUGAUGGAUUUGGCGGCACUUCUGCGUCGAACGCAAGCCAUACGAAGUUUGACUUUCGACUUUGGCAUCGACCUCCGGGAUUGUUGGGCCGGACUGGAAGACCUCGAACAUCGGCCCGUCUGCGAUCAUCGUUCCAUUGCUGACCUUGCCCAGGACGUCGCCGAUAUCCACGCCAAGCGGGAUGAGACGGGGAAGAGUGGCUCUGCGAUCGUGACGAACAUGCGGCGUUUCAUCAUCAAGAACUUCAAGGACGAUGAAAACCCAGACAUUGUGCGCGAGGUUAUGCCAGCGAUUGAAAAGAAGCUAAAUGAAGAGACCAGGAAGCACGGAGGCUGCUAUAGAACGGCGAUUGCACCCAUCUGCGCGGUGUUGGACACGGCAGACAUCAACAAACGCGUGCACUGGAGCGUCAUGCGGAAGGUGGAAUUGCCCAAAACCAUGGCCAAUCGCACCACGAUGCACAUUCCCAGGGAUUCCAGCCACGAUGAGGUGGACUUCCUGGACCUCAAAGGCCCCAAAUUUUGCGGGGUUCGAGAUGGCAAAAGUCUGUUCGGAGAUGAUGUUGUCUGGCAUCGCAAGGAUGCUGGCUUUGUUCAGCUUUUUCCUUCUGGCCUCCCACUGCGAGCCUGCGGCAGCCGAGAGGCUGCUGCGACACUGGAGCUGGACUCCGAACUCUUGCGAGACUUGCAUAUGACCGACUAUUCGUUGUUCCUGGUACCACAUGAUGUGCCAUCAGAUCUUACGUGCCAGUGUCAGCAUCAGUCGCCACGCUGGCCACUCGUGCUGGAUGCGGAUCCACAGGACGGGCCAUUGCGAUUUGCCGUUGGCAUCAUCGACUAUUUGGAACGACAAGUGAGCUUUUGGGACAGAUGGUUGCAUUUCUCGAUGAGCACGAUGAAGGAGCCAGGUGAAUAUCAGAAUUUUUGGAUGAGGAUGUGGCCGAUGUACUUCCACCUCCCCAGGUACGAGGUGAAAGACGGCCAGGUUCUGCUGGCCAACAGCCCCGUGGGCCAUGGCCAGGCUGUCGACGAGUUGAAGCCCCGCCGUCGAGUUGUAGCCCUGCAGAAGAUUAAAUGGAGAGGCGAGGCAGCCAAGUACCGCGUCGAUCUCGUGGUCGACGGCAGAAACCAGAAAUGCUAUUUUGCGCAGAUUCCUGAAAUGUCAUCAUCUGAUGCUGCCAGCGGCUCGAAGUACAAGGAAAGCAGUCUCUUCACUCCCUGGUUUCUGGCCUCCAGCUUCCGUCUACGCGGGAGAGCGCGGUCGUGUUGUUCAGAUCAGUACGCGGGCAAAGGAAAAGUCUUCGAGGUCUCGCCCGAGCAGAUCAUGAGCUGGGGAGUUGAAGCUUGA